CGGGACACCACGAGGCAAGAGCAAGGAGAUCGAACUCCGUGAUAUAAACAAAAGUGGCCGGGAAAGGACGAGAGAAGAUUAGGUAUUCCGUUGUUUUUUGCAAAUAUAUAAGCGAAAAAAUGACGGUCAGUUUGCAAGGAUUACCGGGAAGAGUACUGAGAAUCUUAAAGAGAUCGAAAAAAUUUGUCGAGAAAAUCGAUCACUCGUCGAAAUUACGCACGAAUAUCCCCGCGGGGUUGGCAUCGGCCGCACCGCCACUUGGAUCUCAACUUGGACAGAGGAAUAUCAACAUAGCAAAUUUUUGUCAAGAUUUUAAUAAAAGAACGGCAAAUAUCAAGGAAGGCAUUCCUUUGCCGUGUCGCGUCAAAGUUAAUUCGGACAGAUCGUACGAACUGACGAUUCACAAGCCACCGGCGACGUAUUACUUGAAACAAGCGGCUGGAAUACAAAAGGGAAGACAGAGGAAAGGCGAAGUAGCUGGUAAAAUUACCUUGAAACAUUUGUACGAAAUUGCUAAGAUCAAAUCAGAGGAUCCGCCAAUGGCGCUACACGAUCUGGAAACGAUCUGCAAAAUGAUGGUCGGCGUCGCUCGCAGCUGUGGUAUCGAAGUCGUGCGCGAACUAGAUCCAAAUGAAUAUGCGGAGUUCUUAAAAGAGAGAGAAAAAUCUCGGGCGCAAUUCGAAGAGGAACUUCGAUUAGCUAAAGAGAACAAAUUGCUCAGAACAAAUUAAAUUUCUAACAACAGUACUGCAGAAAACUUAUAAAUCUUUUUUGUAAAUUAUUGUACAUAUAUAUAUAUAUAUGAAACUGUGUGUCACACGCGUUAUGUUGGUAAUAUUAUUUUUACUCUCUCUUCAUACACGUGUAACAAAAAAUCCAUGAUUUUUCUCACGAGAUAUUUUAUUUGCAGAAUUAAUCGUACAAAUGAAGGGGACUUUUUUUUAACUACUGUAAGUUUAUUAUAAAACAGCGGAUUGCGGUUUUUAAAUUUUCA